CGACCAUCAUUGCGCCUUCUCUUACCUCUAUCAUCGACGCGGAUCAAACGCUGUCGCUCCAAGUGAUUGUGACUAAGCCUGCCGCGUGCUUGUUUUCUGCUUAGUUACUUGACAGACUUUUGUAUCUCUGAACAUUGAUCAACGUGCAUACUACUAAACAUAUAGUAACCAUGGGUCUCAACUACUAUGCCUCGUCGCCUACAGUCGUCCUGCCGGCGCAACAGCCACAAGACCACUUCGCUCCCCACCAACGCGCCCACUCACCUUCGACUCUGGGUAACAUUCGUCGCAAGUGCCCUACUCCACCAUCACUCAACUAUCAAGCAGCCGUUUCAAACGCCACAGCUGGGCGCAAACGAUCCAUCACCGACGUCGACGACCCAGAAGAGAACCAACCAGUCGGAUCAAUUGUUACUCAACUGCCUGUGAAGCCUAAGCAAGAACCUAUCUACGGCCCUGGGAUGACGCUCAUUUACCCUGAUGAUCCUAGCUUCAGUAUCGCAGCCGAGUCGCAAACCGGCACGUGGUGCGAAGAGAAGAAAGAGAAUGAAGACAAAGCCGAGCUAGCUCGUCCCAUUGCCGUCUCGCGCAAAUCGCAACGAAUGAGUCCAUCUGCCAGCAUCGAAAUUCCUUCGCUUAACGACAUGGAUGUCCAAAAAACCGAGGGCGUUAUCGACGACAAGGGCAACACCAUCGACACGCUCAUCGCAUCGCUUGGCGUCGGCUGGAAGAACGUUAUGACGAAUCCAAAUCUCCGCGACGCAGCACGCGCUUAUUCACGUGUUAUCGAGCGCCACUUCGAUUUCACCGACGCCCUUAUCAUGCUCGAGAAGGAGUCACUAUCUGCCUACCUGGUACGCGCAAAGCAACAAGGCGUAGACGGCUACUGGCUUUUCGCAGACAGUCUCCAGUGGUGCCAGCUCGUCGGUUGGUCCCUAGAGCAGACUGUCCGCAACAUUAUGUCUGGACCUACUCCUCACGUCGAAGGAGAACGUAUCAACGCCCGUCAACUCACUCCAUCUGAGCCGGCCACUUCUUCUCCCCAGACUGUCGCCACCACCAAUGUCGACUUAAUGGAGAUGUGACGAGGUUCUCCUGUCCGCCUUCCUUCUUUCUCGUUCACCUUCAAUCCUGUACUACCAAAAGCGCUUUCGGUUCUUCUCGCACCUGCAUUUAUUUACGCAUUUGAUCUUCUGGGACUUUCUCUUCGGCAACUCGGCGUUCGGCGGUCGGUUCGGAUGAACUCACUGUGGCGGAUGUCCAUCGACUAUGUACUAUAUAUUUCUUUUGCCCGUGCAACGACAGCUUGAUCGAAUAUUUCCGAUCGCGUCGCGUAGACCUUACCUAUGCUCCUGGUUUUGCCAGGGCAACGAAACAAUGAAGCAACGUUACUACUA